UCUUUUCGACACGUCUGUCGCGCCCCGAUUCAGUUCGCUUUUGGACGUUGGACGGGGGCGGCCGAGGUUGUGAGUCCGCCGUUCAGGAGAAGCAGCGAAAAGCCUCUCUCCGUCCUUAACUUCAGAAGGAAGGCGUCCGUUGGGCCUUUCUCUCCUUGAGUGAGGCGUCGACGGCCCGUGGAACUGAGUUUUCGGGCAGGGGUCGUCGAAGAAAAGGAAGCUCGGAAGCUGCCGUCCGAGAUGUCCAGCUACGUGAACGAUCUGUGGCCGGGCUCGCUGCACAAGGCCUCCCCCUCGUCGUCGCGGUCGGGCCCGUCCAGCCGGCUGUCCUCAGCGUCCGGGAGCCGCUCUCCCCGGAGCUCUCCGUCCCGAUCCAUCGUCUGGAGUCGGUCGUGGUCGCGGAGCCGCAGCCGCAGCGCGCCCCGGCGGAGGAGCAGGUCGAGGUCUCGCUCCCGAAGGCGCCACCGGAGGAGGUACCGGCGCUACUCGCGCUCCUAUUCGCGGAGCCACUCGCGCUCCUACUCGCGGAGCCGCUCGCGCCUCCGCAGCCGCCGGUACCGGGAGAGGCACCACGGCUCCUCCAGGAGGUCCUACCGGUCCCUCAGCCGCCCCCGCUCCCGCGGCCGCUUGCCUUACCGGAGGGCCUACGCCUUCGCGCGGGACCGCCGUUACUACGGCUUCGGCUGCACCGUCUACCCGGAGGAGCGCAGAGGCUGGAGGGGGCGAUCCCGGACCAGGUCGCGGAGCCCAACCCCAUUUCGUCUGAGUGAGAAGGAUCGAAUGGAGCUGUUAGAAAUAGCAAAAGCCAAUGCCACAAAAGCAUUAGGAACAGCCAACUUUGACUUGCCAGCUAGUCUCAGAACUGUUUCUGUAUCUAAAGAAACCAACCAUGGAACAGCUGUACUGAAUAAUGGUGCAAAGUCUGAGAAAUCAUGAAUGUGGUCUCCAGACAUUGAUGAAGAAAAUCUGUUGGUAAUUGAUACAUGGGCAAAAGCAUCAGAGGUUUAACUAAUUUGAAGUUUAUGUUGACACACUGAAAGCUUAGUUUUUUGUUGGUAGAUCCCUGUGCAUGCUAGAAUUUGGGACAGGUACGAAACUAAACAAAAGUGUACUUUGUAAUGGUGGGGCAUCUGAUAUAGAUGUCCCUUUCAUAAUAUAUGCAAUAUAUUCCAGAUGUUUUGAGAGAUUACAGAAGAAGAGGCCUGCUUCACUUGCAGAUAAGUUUAUUACAAUUCUCCAGAAAUGUGCAGCAUAAAAUUCAUAGCUUAAAGGUUUAAGGUAGUUAGGAAUCGGUAACACUCAGCUAACAUAGGAAAGAUGGGUUAUCUCCUGUCAUUCAGACCCAGAUGUGGGUUUGCCUAAGUAUUGUGGUGGACAAAAAAGAUCUUAGUUCAGUCGCUUUUUCAGACGGUUAGGUGCCCAGCUGGAUGGGCAAAUGCCGUAGUUCUUUGAAACUAGGUGUUUUCUGGUAUGACUUGAGUUUCAAAGUUACUUGAAUUUGCAUCAGGGGGAUACAAUACUGCUUUAUGGGGAAGAGUGUCUUAAGCCUAUCAUCGAAUCAAUUUUGUUAUGGGGAAAACUCAACAGAGUACUAUGUUGUUUAUUUUAGGAUGUUAACUAUUUGGUUACAUCCAACUUGAUUUGUGUCUCUACAAGUGAAUUUGUAAUACAAUUGGGCUGCUUUUUAUACCUAUUAGGGUAUGGUUUUUUAAAAUUUACUUUCU